CUUUAACCUCCCACACGAUCACAAUUCACAACCCCCCUUUUUCUUUUUCCCCAUCCACCAUCUUCAAAUCGACAACGACCCAAAAAUACACAAAAACAGAGCAAAAAAAAAAAAAAAAAAAAAAGAGAGGAAAAAAAAAACCCACUUCGAAAGCCCUGUUUUUUCGCCCUCCCGCCGUGAAGCGGCGAGCCGAUUCUAACAACCAUCACUCCACAUUACCAGCCGGAGAAGGAAAACAUCGCUUUCGAUUCGGCUUUUCAACUUCUCUUCCUCUUUGCCGAGCCUCGGUAGUGGACGGUGGCAGAGGCAGCUCGCCGUCGCCGCCUUGUUGAGCUGUCGGCGUCUUGAAAUCAAAGAACCCUCCCAAAGGUUUCUUCGUUCUUACUUUCCGGCUUGGCAGUUGGGAAAGAGGGUUGGAUUGAAAAAGAGAGGGAGAGAGAGUGAUAGUCCACUCUUUGUAUUUGACUAGUUUAUCUCUCUCUCUCUCUCUCUCUCUCUAUAAUUAUUAUAUUACUGUGACUUUCUGAUUAUUUGGGGUUUUUUAUUUGGGGGGUUUUCAUCUUUUCUUUGAUACCCCAGUUCUGUAAAUCAAAGAAUUUAAGAAGCAAGGUUUUCUCAAGGGAAGAAGUUGGUGAAACAGAGAUGAAGAUUGAAGGCGACAGGCAAGGAAGAAGAUAAGGGUAAGAGUUUGUUUUGGAUUUUUGAGGAACAGGGGAAGAAGAUAAUGUAGUUUUGGGAAUUGGGUUAUUUUAAUUUUGUGCUAUUUGAUUGUAGUGAAAGUAGAGUAGGUAGCUAUGUAAAUAAACAACUGUGAGAUAGAGAUGGGAACUUGUAGGAUUUUCGUUUUAGCUUUCUGUUUAUGAACCAUGGUUUAUAAGCAACUUAUGAUACACUUCGCAUUCUUCUUGUUGUUGUUGCUACUGCUCUUUGAGCCUACAUUUCAACAACAAAGUUCAUUGAGAUCUUUACCGGUCGAACGAGUUGCGUUACUCGAGCUCAGAUCGUCGUUAGGUUUGAGAAGCAAAGAAUGGCCCAUAAAAAAUGACCCUUGCUUAGGUUGGAAGGGAAUCAAGUGUCACAAUGGUAGGGUAACUGAGAUCAAUAUUGCUGGAUUUAGAAGAACAAGAAUUGGUAAACAGAACCCUCAAUUUUCUGUUGAAGCUUUGGCCAAUUUGACCUUUUUGCAGUCCUUUAAUGCCUCUAACUUCUUGCUUCCUGGUGUUGUUCCUGAGUGGUUCGGGGAGCGUCUUGGCUUGCUACGAGUGCUUGAUCUGCGGUCUUGUUCUGUAUUUGGUUCUAUUCCAUUGAGUCUUGGGAGUUUGAAUAACCUAACUGAUCUUUAUCUGUCUUAUAAUAAACUUACUGGGACAAUACCUUCUACUUUGGGCCAAAUGUUGAACCUUUCAUUGCUUGAUUUGUCUCAUAAUACACUCACUGGAAUGAUUCCGUUGUCACUUGCAUCUCUUGGUCAUCUUUCUCUGCUUGAUCUUUCUUCUAAUUACUUAGCUGGGCCAAUCCCUUCAGGCAUUGGGAGCCUAUCGAAGCUUCAAUACCUAAAUCUUUCAAGAAAUAGUUUAUCUUCUUCAAUACCUACUGAAUUUAGAGGGCUUGUUAGUUUAGUUGACAUUGACUUGAGUGUCAAUGCUUUGUCUGGAUCACUGCCUUCAGAUUUAAGAGAAUUAACGAGCUUGCGAAGUAUGGUACUUGGGAGCAAUUUGCUUGUGGGUUCCUUGACUGACAAAUUGUUCCACACUUUAACACAGUUGCAAUCCUUGGAUCUGAAGGAUAAUAACUUUACUGGCGUAAUCCCCGAUGUGUUGUGGUCAAUGCCUGGGUUGCAGCUUCUUGAUGUGUCUGGGAAUAAUUUCACUGGGAUGUUGCCUAAUUCUAGCUCAAGUUCGAAUAUUACUGGUGCUGUACUGAAUGUAUCUAAAAAUAUGUUUUAUGGGAACCUUACACCCAUACUGAGAAGAUUCAGUGCUAUUGAUCUGUCGGAAAAUUACUUUGAAGGCAAAGUUCCUGAAUAUCUACCCACCAACUUAUCUGUCGCGAAUAACUGUCUCCAAAAUGUGUCAAGACAGAGGACGUUGGAUGUAUGUACAUCAUUCUAUUCAGCAAGGGGCCUCACUUUUGAUAAUUUCGGCAUCCCCAAGGCUACACAACCGCCGUUAGCAGAAGCACCAAAGAAGAAGAGCAACAGAAAUGCUAUUAUCUUGGGCAGUGUUAUUGGUGGAAGUGCUGUUAUCUUUCUACUAGUAUUGCUGAUAAUUAUCUUCCUGAGGAGACGGAGAAGAAACACAACUAAUCAAAGAGGAGUGGGUGUUGUGGGACCAGUUCUUUCUAGGGACACUGCUGAACCACCUCCUGGAUUGGUAAUUGACUUUGCGAGUUUAGGAGAAACAUUCAAGUUACAACAGUUGCUUCAAGCAACUAACGAUUUUAGUGAUUCGAAUCUUAUCAAACAUGGCCAUUCAGGGGAUCUAUUCCAUGGUGUAUUGCAAAACGGGAUCCGAAUUGUUAUCAAACGGGUUGAUUUGCGCAUAAUUAAAAACGAUGCUUAUUUGGUGGAAUUGGAAUUCUUUAGCAAGGUUUCAAAUGUAAGAUUGGUUCCCCUUAUUGGUCACUGUUUGGAGAAUGAAGAUGAAAAGUUCCUGGUGUACAAAUAUCUGCCAAACGGCGACUUGUCAGCUUCCUUGUUCAAGAAAGUCAAGACAGACGAUGACGGUUUGCAGUCAUUGGAUUGGAUUACAAGACUAAAAAUUGCAUUAGGAGCUGCAGAGGGUCUUUCUUUUCUGCAUCAUGAUUGUGCUCCACCCCUUGUGCACAGAGACAUUCAAGCAAGUAGUAUACUUCUUGAUGAUAAAUUUGAAGUGCGGCUCGGAAGCUUGAGCAAUGUGUGUGGUCAAGAAGGGGAUGGUCAACCGAGCAGGAUUACCAAGCUUCUGAAAUUGCCACAGUCAUCGGAGCAAGGCUCUUUAGGUUUGCACACAGCAGUAUGUACCUAUGAUGUUUACUGCUUUGGAAAGGUGUUGCUAGAGCUGGUAACAGGAAAGCUUGGGAUUAGCGCCUCUCCCGAAGCCGAAAUCAAAGAAUGGUUAGAUCAGACAUUAUCAUGCAUCAGUAUAAACAACAAGGAACUCGUGACGAAGAUCCUCGAUCCAUCCUUGAUUGUGGACGAGGAUCUAUUGGAAGAAGUGUGGGCUGUGGCUGUUGUUGCCAAGUCCUGUCUCAAUCCAAAACCUUCAAGACGACCCUUGAUGAAGUACAUCCUCAAGGCUUUGGAAAACCCAUUGAAGGUAGUAAGGGAAGAGAAUUCAGGCUCAGGACGGUUUAGAUCGACUUCCAUUGGAAGUUCUUGGAAUGCUGCUUUGUUCGGUAGCUGGCGUCAAAGUCUAUCGGAUCUAACAGUGCUUCCAUCAGCCUCCUUGUCAAAAGCAGGAGGAAGUAGUUUCAAAAGAUCAGGAACAAUGGGUUCGCAAGGAAGUGGUCAGAAUGGUGGCGGUGAACAUUCAUCGUCUCGUCGACAACAUUCAAAGGAGAUAUUCCCGGAACCGUCUGAUGUGCAAGAUAUUGAAAGAUUGGAGAAUGAUUAACAGAAAGACAUUGGUUUUGUCUUGAUUCUUUGUUAAUAACACAACACACUUUCAAAUUGGAGCAAAUGAGGGGGGAAGUUCUGUUUGAGGGUAUUUUUUUCUGUAAUUGAUCAUUUGUUUCUUGUAGCUUUUGGAAUGUAAAUUGUAAGUUGUUUUGUAUUUUCCAUUGAAGCCAAUUCUCCUUUGUUGGAAAAAGGAAAGUUCAAUCUAUAAACAAAUCAUACUUCUCUUUUGCA